UGGCCUCUGUAGUGCACUGAGUGGUCCGGGGGCGGGCCGGGCAUGGGAUGGAGGGGGACAGAGAAAAAGCGGCGCUGGAGCCGGGAAAUAGCGAUAGCGCGCUGAUCAGCGAGAGGGAACAGAGGUGUGCGGAGUUUGCCAGUAUCGCCGGCUGUGACCUGGCCGUGGCGCAGUGUUACCUUGCGGAGAACGACUGGGAGCUAGAAAGGGCUGUCAACUCAUACUUUGAACCAGAGGUGGAGAGUCUUCCACAGGAGCAACCUUUAACUAAUGCGACACACCCAUCUGAAGAACAAGCAAUGUCUUCCAGUACAUGCAUUGACCUGACUAAUGAUGCAGUCAUCAGACAAGCACCUGUUGACAGUAGUCUCAUUCCAUUGAACCAAGAAGAUGAGAGCCAUUUUUCCUUCCUAAGCUGGAAUAUUGAUGGGCUUGAUCAAUCCAAUCUUCAAGAAAGGGCUCGUGGCGUUUGUUCUUAUUUGGCAUUGUACAGCCCGGAUAUCAUAUUUUUACAAGAGGUUAUUCACCCAUAUUUUGAAUAUCUGAAAAAGAGAGCUGUCAGCUACACAAUCAUUACAGGAAAUGACGAUGGUUAUUUUACUGCCAUAAUGCUAAAAAAAUCCAGAGUAAAACUGAUAAGCCAAGAAAUUGUUCCAUUUCCAAAUACAUCCAUGAUGAGGAAUUUGCUGAUAGUGAAUGUAAAUAUAUGUGGGAACAAUAUCUGCCUCAUGACUUCUCAUUUAGAGAGUACCAAAGAUCAUUCAAAAGAACGGGUGAGCCAGCUUCAUAUAGUCCUGAAGAAGAUGCAAGAAAUUCCUCCAGCAACCACUGUGAUAUUUGGUGGAGAUACAAACCUCAGGGACAAGGAGGUGGAAAAGAUUGGAGGCCUACCAAGUAACAUUUUGGACGUUUGGGAGUUUCUGGGGAAACCUGAACAUUGCCGCUAUACAUGGGACACAAAAAUAAACAACAAUCUGCAGAUCCCAUAUACCAGCAGGUUGCGUUUUGACCGUAUACUGUACCGUGCAGCUGUAAAUGGGAGCCAAGUGGUUCCUCAGUCUCUGGAUUUAAUUGGCACUGAAAAACUGGACUGUGGCAGAUUCCCUAGUGAUCACUGGGGCCUGUUGUGUGACUUUGAUGUAAUCUUGUAAAACUAUUGAAGUUAUGAUUUUAGCAUGUUUAAAGACUAUUUUAAUUAAACAGGGACCUUUUGAAAUCUUCCUCAUCUACCAUACCCUAUAUAUCCAAAGAUUUUUUACAUCAUAGACCAUUUCCAUGUAUAUGUCAUGCCUCCAUAAAGAUUUGCAUAACUUA